AUGGUAGCUUGCCACAGGAGACAUAUGUGUGUGCUGUUUGCGAGGAACCUGCACGAGGAUUCCAUUUCGGAGCAUUUACAUGUGAAGGAUGCAAGUCAUUCUUCGGACGCACGUGUCUCCGAAAGAACCAUGAACGUUUCGAGUGCAAGAAUGCUGGCCGUUGUGUUGUCGUUGACGAAAUGGAGCAAAAACGACAGAAGACAAAAGAGUGGACGAAUGUAG